ACGAAAUCGCAGUAUCAACCCAACUGCGGAGCAGGCGGCGUCGCAGCUCGUACCCCGUUCCGAACUCGUAGCCACGCGGUCGAGAAAACCGACUCGAAAUCGCGAUAGAAAUAAUAGAUUUAGACUUGAUUAUUAUUAGUAAUCGAUUGAUUUUAAUGUAGACUUGUAUUUGAAGUAAUAUCAAUUAUUAUUUGUGGACACUGAUUGACUAUAGUGCGUUUGAUUGACUAUUUUCUGAUCUGUUUAUCAGUACUGUUGACCGGCAAUAUGAUUUGUGUGUGACGAAUAUUUUGUGCGUACCUGAGAUUUGCUGUGUAGUGUUGUGUAAUCAAAAGUAUGAGAACAAUAGGUGGCAUCGCAUCGGCGCGGUGAUGCGGCCGACGUCGGGGCGUCGCGCGGCCCUCGCUCUGCUGAUCGCUCUCGGUCGCUGCCUGUGCUUCGCGGCUGCCGCAGCCGAGGCCGAAUCGUCAGACCGGUCUUAUCCCUCGUCAACUAUCGACUAUGACGGCUCUCAGGAACAGAAGAGUUGUGAAUCGAGGGUGUUCGAUCGAGAUUUGCCGCCACCUCAGUGGGCGAUUGGUGCCCGCAGUUCGGCAUUGGAAGUGGCUCGAGCCUUGGCCGAGCGCGGUGCUAAAGCCGAUGCGACGUUCGCUGGGUCGCUAGCGCGCGGUCUGCUGCAAAAGCACGCGUCGCGGGGACCUCGGGCUUCCGUGCUCGCUGUAGCGCUGGCCGCGCCGCAGACCAGAUUAGCUGUACUUAUGUUUCGCGCUGGAUCACCGCAAAUGGAAGCCAACAGCAGUUCGGCGUCCAGGUAUUGGCGUGAGUUGGGUGCAGCCUGGAACCGCAGUGCCGUCGGAAUGAUGGGAGGCUCGGCUGGACAAUGGGGUAGGCCUUUCCUGGACUGCGGUCCCUUGCCUGGACGGUGGCUCAUGCCCUAUUCGGUUGCGGCAGCUACCAGACAAUUCAAGGUUGUCGCCGGCGUUUUUGUGUCGGCGGAUUUAGAUCAAUGUGAUGAUCUGUCAUCGGAAAUGUUUGGAGGCCCACACAGAUGUGACACUCUUACUACCGAAUGUAUCCCUGAGCUUUCCUGGGGACCUCGACGUGGUCGAUACACCUGUGAAUGUCUGGCAGGACAUUAUUUACCAGACGGUGCAACUUCUUUUCCUGGUUGGCUGGUCGAACGCGAAUCACCUACAGAUCACAGAUGUCUGCCUUGUCUGGGGCCAUGUGAUAAUUGCGAUUCGAGUGGACAAUGUCUGGCAGUAGGCAAUGCUCUAAUAAGGGCUGCCAUUAUGGCUGUGCAAGGUUGUUGCUUGUUUGCAGUACUACUUUUGGCCAUAAUAGUAUUUCGACAUAGAAAAUGCAAGACUAUUGCAUCAGGAAUGUGGAGAGUCCUUGAAACUCUACUACUGGGAAUUUUUCUUCUAUAUUCUUCGGUACUUAUACGUCUAUUACCCGUGUCGCCCCUAAGAUGUCUAGUGGAACCAUGGUGCCGGGAGUUGGGCUUCGUGCUGUGUUACGGCGCGGUUGUUCUAAAGUUGUACCGACACCUCAUAGAAUUCAGGACGCGCAAAGCACACCGUUGGGUACUACGCGACGCGGACCUGCUUAAAUAUUUGGCCGCUAUGGUAGUAGCUGCACUGUGUUAUCUGGCUGCUUUCACAGCUUUUAGUUUAGAUUACUUAGAACAUCAGAGUAUUGUUGAGUCCCGAACUACGAUAGCAGGACUAAAGUUUUCGACUUGUAAACCUUUAAGAUGGGAUUUGGUUACGCAAGUUGGUGAAAUGUUUGUGUUGGGAUUUGGCUUAUACCUCAGCUACGCAAUUAGAACUGCAGUUACAGAGUUUAAGGAUCGGCAAUUUCUCUGUGCCACUAUCUUAGUGGAAGCUGUGAUCUCGGGAAGUUUCUAUCUCAUCCGUGAUAUAUAUUUGGAGUUAGUUCAUCCCGAUUAUGCAUUCCUCGCUUAUUUCUUGAGAUCACAGCUGACGUGCACGAUAGCGCUGCUGCUGAUCUUCGUUCCCAAACUUUGGUACCAAUUCAAGCAGGAAUACUCACUAAAAACUCCUGCAAUAACUAACUCGGUUGUGAGCUGUUGUGAUGCCGAAUUAACAGAAGUUAAAUUGGCAGAAAUGAAUAUAGAAGAUAUACGUGCUGAACUCAAAAGGUUGUACAUCGAACUGCAAUUACUGAAAAGUAAAGCGAUAGUCGUCGACGACGCGCACAUAUCAAAACGCAAAGGCGGCCGCAAAUUCGCCCAUCGGAGAUUUUCGCUACAGAGCCACUUGGAAACCACUGCUCUUAUUCCAAUUUAUGACGUGUCUCGAGAAGACCUAGAUUUCGAAAAAUUUAAAGAAAAUCUAAAAAAUGGAAUUAUUCCGUCUGUUUAUAAACCGAUAGAAAUCUGUUCUCGUGUGUGCAUGGGUGUCUCACUACGCACAGUUUCUUUAUUGAAAGAACUCCAGUGCCACUAAAUAUCGAUUAAUUAAAAUAAACUGUUUUAAUAUUUCGUUCGCUACAAAUGCUCUGCUAGAAUCAUUGUGAUAAAUAUGUUUUCCCAAAA